CUUGUCUGAUAUCUUUCCACUUUUCUCGCACGUGUGUCCAUUGUUGCCUCUUGUUGCUACCCACCAGGGGGGCACGGCCUUGGGGUUGAGUAUACGUAUAAUAAGCCUGGGUAACCCGCGUAGGCGCUAUUUCUUCAAGGAGAAAAAGGCACCUCAUGGUUCAUUCGAAUAGAGCACCGUCCUUGUUCUUUGCAGAUAAACCGUUUAUAUCCUGAGUCCAAACGAAAUAUCACAACCGACAUGUCUGCCAACGGCGUUCCUUCUGACAUGGACAGAAACCUCCUGUCCCCAAUCACCUCCAAGAGAAGAGAUACACGGAGACUAUCAAACCAGAGUGCCACUCGAUCCGAUCUGUUCGGAGGUCCUGCUGUUGUCGGACCACCAGACAGCCUCGAGGGCGGCUACAGCAAUGCCCACGAAACGGCAAAGGCCAUGGAACUGGCCAAACACCAUCUGGCCGAGGGAUCUGACCUGCCCACCCCUGAAGACUCUCAGCCUGUCACUCCGGAUUCGUCGGGAUUGAAGACCACAGACAAAUAUGCCUAUGCAUUUGAUAUCGAUGGCGUGCUCAUCAAAGGCGGCCACGUCAUUCCAGAAGCCAUUGAAGCCAUGAAGGUUCUGAACGGAGAAAAUGAAUACGGCAUCAAAGUGCCGUAUAUCUUUGUGACGAAUGGUGGUGGAAAAACCGAGGAGGAGCGAUGCAUCCAACUCUCGAACCAGCUCAAGCUGGAAGUGUCUCCCGGGCAGUUCAUUUGUGGCCACACGCCUAUGAGAGAGAUGGCGGAGAAAUACCACACUGUCCUCGUAGUGGGUGGUGAAGGCGAGAAAUGCCGCACUGUCGCAGAAGGAUAUGGCUUCAAGGACGUCAUUACCCCCGGUGACAUCAUCAAAGAUAACAAAGAUACCACACCUUUCCGACAAUUGACUGCCGAGGAGAUGAAGAAUUCCAUCAAAAGGAAUUAUGGUGAAGUCGAGAUCGAGGCGGUAUUCGUCUUCGCCGACAGCAGAGACUGGGCUGGGGACUCUCAGAUCAUCCUGGACCUCUGCAUGAGUAAGAAUGGCCGGCUUGGUACCCGUUCAGAAACGUUCGACGAAGGGCCUCCAGUCUACUUUUCCCACAACGACGUGGUCUGGGCGACUUCGCACACGUACUCACGUAUCGGCAUGGGUGCUCUCCGCGCAUCCCUCGAAGCCAUGUUCAGGGCCAUCACUGGCAAAGAGCUGAAGACCAUUGCCUUUGGCAAGCCACAGCUGGGCACGUUCGACUUUGCAACCAGACUGCUGCAACAAUGGCGGAAAGACACCCACGGCAUCAACAAGCCUCCGGAGACGGUCUACUUUGUUGGUGACACUCCCGAGUCGGACAUCCGAGGUACCAACGAGUUCAACGAGCAUGGCGAUCCCAACGUCGAGUGGUAUUCGAUCUUGGUGAAAACUGGCGUUUUCAGGGAAGGCACCAAGCCCGCCUUCAUCCCAAAGAUGACUGUCGACAAUGUCCUGGAAGCUGUCAAACAUGGCAUGCAGCGCGAAUUCGACAAGGCCUUGAAGAACAUGACUAUCGGCGGCGGAGCACCAGAACUGGCUGAUGCCAUCGCCGAGGAUGACAUUGACGUGUAAAGCAUCUCUUUUUAUUGUCCAGCCCCCUUUUUCUUCGACGACCUUUUUUCUUUCAAAGAACACAGUUUCAGCCCAUGACUCGACCUGUGGACAGUUCAUAUUUCAUUUCUUAGACCGUGGUGUUCUCAAAGCCUGCAGGCCGGGUAUCAAAGUCAGGCAAACGAAUUUCACCACCUACGACUUUACGAAAGCAUUUUGGGAUGGAGUUGCCGGUGCGGAAAUACAAGCCGCGCCACCAUUAUAUCGAAUCACAAAGGCGGCAUUGGCAUGGCGUAAGUGAAAUUGGGAGACCUCGUGAUGUAUGACUUCAACGCUACAUAAGCCCGAAGGGCACGAGAGGGUGGACGAGGAGGCUUGUCAUACAUCGAGCACUCAUUUGAAUGCGGCUGAGACGGGGGCCGCACAGGAACGAUUUUACUUGAGAUCGGAUACAAUACAUGUAGUUACGGAAGUGAAUACGAAAUGACAAUUACACUCAUGAGGAAAGCUCA